UCAAAUCUUCAUCAGAAGAACUUAAGACUCCCCCUUUUCCCCCACUCAGUUUUGGUACUUACCAACAGCAAGGAAGAUGAGCUCAGGUUCUGGAAGAGGAUAUGCUACUGCGACUCCUAAGACUAAGGAACCAACAGAGACUCCUGAGAAGAAGAUGCAGCCCACUACUGUGUCCUCAAAGAAUGUGGCAUUGAAAGCUGAAGCUGGUGGUGCUAUUGCUGGCAAGCCUCCUUCUCCCCUGCUGAGGCGCUCCCUGCCCAAAUACACCAGGUCGCCUUUUGCGACCUCGAGGAAUGCAGCAGCGGCACCUCGUUUCGAUUUCGGAGAUUCUGCUCCUCUGUGGUAUCUCCUCAAGUACUAACACUCCGGAGUGAAGCUGGAGGAGCAUGGCCUUAUGGAUGUUCUUAAGAUGGCAUGUUCAGUUUAUUUGUUAUAAGGGCAGUUGUCCGUUUUUGUUUUGAGUAAGAAAAGCAGCAACCUUCAUCGGUUAUGGAAUAAAAUAGUCCUCUGUUUCUAUACUUCCCUGCAUCCUGCAUGACAAAUGCUCAAACAUUGAUUUGAUGAAGUUGGAUUGGGGUGACAUAAUUUUUUUCGUCAGUUUCGGAUUCAAUGAAUUCCUUGCAUAACAAGGAAAUAUAAACACAGCUAAUCGAAAUAGUUCGGACCGAAUACAAAAAAAUUCAAGCUCAGACUGAACCUGAAUCCCCGCCAGAUCCGAGGAACAAAUUUCGGCUAGUUUUCAUCCCGAGUCCUGACUAGGAUGUGCAACUGUUCAAUUUUGUACAAAACUCAACGGCGUAUGCCAUGAUCGGACCUAAGUUCUGCAUGGAUCAGAAUCACUAUAUUUCUGCCCAACAGAAUAAUAUGGUUAAUGAAUCGGCUAAAUGCAA